UUUGAAUCUACGGCUACGUAACUAAAGCUAUUGUCAGUUGUAGCCAUAUUGGGUAGAUGAAAAUGGGCAGGGUAUCGCUGCCCAAAAUCCACAGAAAAUUCACGUUGUUUUGCCACACACAACGAAAGAAGAGGUCAUUAAUCUUUUAAGAUGUUGCGCCUGGCUUCAGGGACCUUCAGUCCCAGCUGUAGGUACUGUGUAGAGAAGCUUACAGCACGACAUGCAUCCCAAAGAUUAUCUCAGAAGCCCCUCCUACCAGCAAACUCCAGAACUGCAUCAUCAUUACUUCAGUCAACCCACCUGACCAGACAUAAUGCUCAACUCUUCAGUCAAUACUCCACAUUAGCAAGACCAAACUUGAGAAAUUUCAUCACUCCUACCAACCGUAUUGUCCAAUCGCAACAAAGAAACAUGAGUGUGUUGAGUAAACUACGUCCGCUGUUGAAAAUUCGCUACUGGAUUCUUGGAGCAGGCAUAGGAGGGGGAUACAGUGCAAAAGUGACUUACGAGUCAUGGAAGGACAAGGUACCAGACAUGAGUUGGCUGGGGGAGUACCUUCCUGAUGCUGACACAGUCAGCAAGUUCAUCCCUAAUGUAGACACGGACAAGUAUAGGAAAUUCUUACUGAAACUGAAGAAAUCCAUACCAGAGCUUCCAGAAACCCCCGACAUGGCCUCAUUAAAGGGUUACCUGCCAGAUGCGGAUAAGAUGAAGGAUUGGUCACCUGAUGUCACCAUGGAUGAUUUCUCCUCUGUCUUUAACGAAGAAAAAGGAGUUGCCACUGUGACAGAUAUAUUCAGCGAAGUCAAACGCAGCCCAAUUCCUCUUGGCUCAGUCCCUUUCAUAGACAACAGCAUCACGACAGGUGUCAUGACAGCCAUGAAAGUCAAUGCUGAGGGAAGUGAGGAGGAAUCAGGGAGAAAGAUGUCAGAUAAAGAAAGACUCCAGAAGAUACAAGAGGAGUUUCUUCAAGAGCAGCUGAAAUACCAGCGGCAGUUAGAACGUCUGGAAAAGGAGAACAAAGAGUUGAGAAAACAGAUCAUGUUGAAGGGGGAUAAAGCAGUGUACAAGAGAAGAACAAAGAAAUCCCUGAUUGACAUGUAUUCAGAGGUGCUUGAUGAACUGUCGGAGUACGACUCAAGCUACAACACGCAGGAUGAGCUACCAAGGGUUGUUGUAGUGGGGGACCAGAGUGCAGGGAAGACCAGUGUGUUAGAGAUGGUGGCACAGGCCAGGAUCUUCCCCAGGGGGGCGGGGGAGAUGAUGACGAGGGCACCAGUCAAGGUAACCCUGAGUGAAGGUCCCCACCAUAUAGCCAUGUUCAAGGACAGUGACAGGGAAUUUGACCUCACCAAAGAAUCAGAGCUGGAAGCUCUGCGGAGAGAAGUAGAAAUCAGAAUGAAAGCCAGCGUACGGCCGGGGCAGACUGUCAGUAUGGAGACAAUCGCCAUGAGUGUAAAAGGCCCAGGGUUACAGAGAAUGGUGCUGGUAGAUUUGCCUGGUAUCAUCAGUACUGAAACCCAGGGAAUGGCCUCUGCCACAAAAGAGUCCAUAAAAAUGAUGUGUGAACACUACAUGUCCAACCCUAAUGCAAUCAUCCUUUGUAUACAAGAUGGCUCCGUGGAUGCAGAGAGGAGUAACGUGACUGACCUGGUCAGCCAGAUGGACCCUCAGGGCAAACGGACCAUCUUUGUGCUGACCAAAGUGGACCUGGCUGAGAAGAACAUCACCAACCCACGCAGAAUAAAACAGAUCCUUGAGGGGAAGCUGUUCCCCAUGAAGGCCCUGGGGUAUUUCGCCGUGGUAACGGGGCGGGGCAACAAGGAUGACAGCAUCGACACCAUCAGGGGAUACGAGGAGGAGUUCUUCCGCAAUUCACAGCUCUUCAGGUCAGGUGUACUGAAGGCCAGUCAGAUGACCACCCAGAAUCUGAGCUUCGCUGUGUCCGACUGCUUCUGGAAGAUGGUCAAGGCAUCUGUGGAGCAGCAGGCUGACACAUACAAAGCUGCCAGAUUUAACCUGGAGACAGAGUGGAAGAACAACUACCCCAGCCUGCGCCAACUGGACAGGGACGAGCUGUUUGAGAAGGGCAAGGGGGAGAUCCUGGACGAGGUCAUGAACCUGAGCCAGGUCACACCCAAACAGUGGGAGGAAGCUCUGUGGGCUAAGCUGUGGGAGCAGGCUGCUGAGCAUGUCAUUGAGAACAUCUACCUCCCGGCAGCUCAGACAGAAAGUGCAGGUCACUUCAACACCACUGUCGACAUCAAGCUCAAACAGUGGGCAGACCAGCAGUUGCCUAAGAAGAGUGUGCAGGUUGGUUGGGAGACCUUACAGGAGGAGUUUAAGUGUCUGAUGGACCGCGGGAGAGAUGCCCAGAACCAUGACGACAUCUUUGACCACCUGAAGGAAGCCGUCAUCAAGGAGGCCACCAGGAAACACAGGUGGCAGGGAGAAGCUGCCAACAGUCUGAGAGUGAUCCAGUUGAAUGCACUCGAGGACAGAUCCAUAGCAGAGAAAUCACAGUGGGAUUCAGCAAUCAAGUUCAUGGAGUCAACUUUACAGGACAAACUGUUUGAAACGGAGUCCAAGAUAAACCAGAUGUCUGGGCCAGGCUGGGUGGGUCGAUGGUUCAAAUGGCAGUACCAGUCUCAGGAUCAGGCAAAAUGUGCAGCCACCAAGACUGAACUAGAGAAGAUUGUUGCGCUAGACGAGAAAUGGCCGGCUUACCAGGCCUUUGAGACUGGGUCUAUCAGGAAACACCCACCUUACCUGGCCAUGGAUGAGACGACGACCGUCAGGAAAAACUUGGAGGCACAGGGGGUCGAUGUGGACAACGACUUUAUAAAGAUGACGUGGCACGAAGUGUACCGGAGACAUUUCCUGAAGCAGGCGCUGGUUCGAGCCAACGAAUGUCGGCGAGGAUUCUACUACUACCAGCGGGGCAUCACUGACACUGAUCUGGAGUGCCAUGACAUUGUCCUGUUCUGGAGAAUACAGAAGAUGUUACAGUGUACCAGUAAUGCACUCCGACAACAGAUCAUGAACACUGAAGCCCGUAGACUAGAGAAGGAAGUGAAGCACAUGUUAGAGAACCUCGGCGAGGAUCCACAGAAGAAACUGGGCCUGCUACAAGGGAGGAGGGUUACACUAGCUGAGGAACUCAAGAAAGUUCGGGGAAUUCAAGAGAAGUUGGAAGAAUUCAUCGAAGCCCUCAGGAAAGAAAAGUGAAGAGAACACCCCAGUCCUUACUUCAAAAUUAAAAGUAGUUUUCCUGGAGUCAACACACACUCCUUCUGAAAACACAUAACUAGAUAUGCACACAGGAUCAACUUUCAUGUAGCUGUAUACAGCACCUAAGGACAACCAUGAAUUUUCAUGACAAAUCAAAUACAGCAGAUGAUGUAGAAACUUGUCAGUUGCCAGGUUGUGGUAGUACAAUGAUGCCACCUAGCAGGCCAUACUAGUAUUCCAUAUGCAGUUCAGUAUUUCUACAAGAUGUCAAUUGCAGCUAUUAUUAGAUUGAAACACUUGUAGAAGAAUUUGGACCACAUUGCACAAGAGAUGGUUAUUUCUUCAAGAAAGACUUUUGCAACCCCAGAAGACCAUUUGGUGUCACUGUCUUCUGAAAAGGUAAAAAAGAUGGUUUGCUAUUAAAGCUGUCGGGCCGGGCAUGCUACUUCAUGAAAAGAUGAAGAAGCUUGAUUCAUGUAAAUGUCCAAGUUUACAAUAUAUGCAGUAAUAUCAGUUUAAAUGGCCAUUUCAACAUGAUGAUUGGUCUACGAAGAUAACUGUAUAAGUGAAUAUAAUGUGAACAUUUAUACAUAGGCUAAAAUACUGAAUAGCAAUUGUCAGUUCUUAUUUUGCUCUGCUAGGUGAAAGGCAUGAAAAACACAUCAGUAUUUUUUUCUUACAAUGGAUUCUGAAUUCAAAUACUUAUUGCAUGUCAGUGUCUCAAAAGGAAAUAGAGGAAUAAGUUAUUUGUGUGUUGUCAAUGUUGCUAAUAUGCAUUUUUCAUAUGAUGAAUUAAAAGUGGUAUUGUAGGCAUGGAGGCAGUUCUAUGCCAAAGAA